CAGGAAGAUCCAACAAGUGUAAAGAGGUCAUCUAGGUUUAGCCGAGACUCUUAGUAAGACCCGGUAAUAAUUCAAAUUGUUCUCGGGAUCUCCUUCGCUUGUAAGCCUUUCUACUCCAAGGAAGUUCCAUACGACGUUCUAAGAUACUAACUUACAUUCGCGUCUUUCUUUUGUCAAAAUACUUGCUACCAUGUCUGACGGGCCCGAUUCACCGGCGUUACUAACGGUUACUGGUGACGCGUCGUCCGAGGUGCGGCGGCUGGGGCGACAAGUGGAGGAGCUGCAGAAGCACCUUGCUGUUUUGGAGCGAUCGGUGAGCUUCUUCACAAGCCACAUUGGAAAGAUUAACCAGAUAGAAGCCUACUUCGACGUCCUUGAGAAAUCUGCGGCUCGCGAGGCAGCGUUUCUCCCCUCCUUGCCUGCAACGGCUCCCGAAAACGAGCCGAAAACGGCUGUAGAACGGUUUUUCCAAGUCCUGCGCGAAUUGUGCCGGUCACGCUCAUCAAAUUAUGUGGAGCAAACUGUAGUCACUACAUCGGAGAGGAAUGAGGCGGGUGGCACCCUGACGCCCAGCAGCCUGGUGCAGAGCACCAUCCUGGCAGGAACCCCGAUCCUGCCCGCGCAGACCACUGCGGCGCAACCUCGUAGCCAGGCUCCUGUGCAGCUUGUCCACACCGCCGGAGGAUCUGCUGCAUCUCCGAGCGCGCUGAACCGCGGUGCGGCGCCCGAUUCCCAGCGGACCGUGGCGAUGGACUUCAACCCGCGCAGCAACCUUGCCACCAGUCAAAGUCUGGCGGCCGCGAGCGCCACCAGCUCCGAGUUCGGUGGAAACGGAGGGGCGGCACCGCCGCUCUACCAGGGAAGUUUUGCGGACAAUCUGACAUUUUCCUCUGCCCCCGCGCCCCCUGCGUCGGAGGUCUACAGCACUGCCCAUGCGCGCGACCUGGAAACAACGUCUGCCGAGCGGCGGUACCGGGCGCUCGCGGCGGCAACGCAGCCGAGCAGCCACUACGCUCCGGUCGCGCGCGGGUCGAAGGUGGCGUCGUCGCCGGACGGCGCAACCAGUUCUCCGUCGGUAUCCGGGACCGUGCGGUCCAGUCCGUCCGCCUCCGGCCGUCCCGAGCCCGACGGGGGCCCGAAAACAGAAUACAUCGAGCGGCGGCAGAACGUUCCGCAGACCGGCCCGAAGUUUCAGCCUAGUCCGCAAGUGCUGCGACAGCAGCAGUCGCGCGCCGCCGCACUCGAAUCGUCGAUCAGCGGCGCCGUCGCUCUGCAGCGACGGGACCACGACUACCGACUGUCCGGAACUACUACUUCGAUCGGCGGCGGCGCGCGGAUGAGUGGAGAGUUCUAUACUAGCAACCCCGCUGCGAAUCUGUUCGGCGGCGGGAUGGGAUCGGCGUCGGCCUCGGCACAGCCUGUUCCGCCGGAGCGGUCCACCCAUUCCGUGAGUGCGAGUAGCAACCACGACCCGUCGGACCCGAGCGAGUGGAGACUCCAGCUGGACCCCAGCCGUGGGUCGGUGCGGCUGGGGAACGGGAGCUGGGCGAGCACCUACAAGACUGCGGACCCGGCGAAGCGGGAGAAGCUGGAAUUGCUGUACAAAACGGGGAUCGUGUCGGCGCGCGAAUUGGAGGAAGAUCACACGGUGGUCACGGAGGACCACAUCCACGAUUGCAUCGUCAUCGCGAACGAAAUGUUGCAGCGCUCCUCCUGCGAGGUGUGGAUGCGGCAGCCGAAUCUCGCGCAGACCUUCUUCGAGCACGAGCUCACGAAAUUGUACACGCGGAAAUUCGGCGGGAAAUCGUAGUUCAGGACAACGGCAGUUCUGCUUUCGGGAAGAUCCGAAAUUUCAACAGGUGUAGAAAGUUUACUACAUGAUCGAUGAUCCCCACGAACUACGUGGAGCUAAACCUGUCUCCUCAAAUAAGUCCGCGCUGCCGGCACACGAGAAAAUGCUGAUCGUUUUCUUUUUCAAUUUGAAGAAAUGCUCAGUUCAGGAACAGGAGUAUUCUCUUCGCAUGCCAAAUCGGUAC